GCAGCCCAUGUUAGGAAAUGUUCUCCCUGGGGCGCUGCGGCCGGUGGAGUUACUGUCAGCUGGACGGCACAGGCUGUGGAUCGCACACGGGAUUUCCUCUCAGGCACGGAUCAUAAUAACAUCAAUAAUAAUCAUCAUAUCACCAACAUGGCUCAAGCAAAAAUACAGGCGAAAAUGAACGAAGCUCCCUGCAGCAAGUUCAGCAGGACACUGUCCAUGGCAGAUCGCUCCGGACUCCUCCUGGAAAGUUUGGAUCAGCUGGAAACGAGGGUGGAGGCUUUACGCGAAGCAGCAUCAGCCAUGGAGCAGGAAAGGGAGUCCAUCCUGGAAAUGAUUCAGUCCAUACAGAACAGUCAAGAAAUGCGUAACAUCUGUGCUGGGGAGAGAGAAGAGUUAACUUUAACCGCAAACCGUCUUAUGGGCCGGACGCUGGCUGUUGAGGUCUCUGUUGGCACAAUCAGAAACUCCCAACAGGAGGAGGCUUUGCGUAAGGCCACAUCCAUGAUAGAUGAAAUAGUGAAAAAGUUACUGAAUGACAUGGACGGUGGCCGUCGGCGGCUGCAGGCCCUGCACGCGGCCUGUGUGACUGAGGCGCCGCCCGUCCCCAUCGACCAAAAAUUCCAGGCCGUAGUGAUCGGUUGUGCUCUGGAGGACCAGAAGAAGAUCAAGCGGAGGCUGGAGACUUUGUUGCGGAAUGUUGAAAAUGCUGAAAAGAACAUCAAGAUUAUGGAUCACCAAAAACUGGAGGACCCACAAGCCAAUGGCAGUAAAUAAGACUCGUCGCCAAAGAAUAAAAUGUCUUAAAUGCCACUAACCUCAUCGAGAACUGUCGUAAUCCCAAGCUAAUUUUUAGAGAGACUCUACAUGUAACAGAAAGACCUGUCACUAUGGGACAAAUUACAGUGAUACUGAACCUUAGGGCCAAAAAAAAAAAAAAAAAUACAGCAAAGCACAACUCA